AUGGCGCCUGUUCCUUCGGGAGCGGACAAGGACGUUUUCCUGGGUUACGGAAACAUCGUAGGCUUCCUCAUUGCAGUUCACGUGGUCGCCUUCCUGUUCUGGCUUUACAUGCUGGCGCGUGGAGGCAACAGGCCCUCAAGAAAGGUGGCGACAGACUGA